UACUACUGAAAAUUAGCAGAAAGUGUUCCCAUUUUUCAGUCAUUUCUGAAACGAGGCAAAGUCCAGAGUUUUGUGAGACGAUACAUAACGGACCAUGAAAAUUUUAUUAUAGACGACAAUAAUGUGAAAUAUAAUAAAAAGUGGAGAAGGGUAGAAGCAGCACAAACGAUAAAAAAGAGCUUGAACGUAUGCUACGUAAAGCAGUGCAUUUUUUUUGACGUUCGCUAAUUUACUUACUCUCUCAAGCUGUGAAAUUCGAAGUUCGCACAAACGGCAUCGUUUACAAAGUAAAGAAAUUCUUAGCAUAUCUUUCGGCUUAAAGUACUAACACGCCAGCAUAACUCUAAAUAUUAAAUAUAAUUAAACUAUAACAUCAAUCAGAAAAGUGGUCAUGCUGCCUUUGUUUCGAGUUGUAAAGUGACGUGCAAGUUGUGCUCCCUGGAGAGAAUGCGCAGGACCCAACAAAUGUCAAUGAAAAGUAGCUGUAAAUAAAGUAUAAAAAUUGGCAACUUGUUCAUUAAUGAAUUUGAAACUUCUUCAAAAUGGCUCAAAAUAAACCAAAUAAAUUGGGCUUAGAAAGACAGUUAAAUCCCAAGCUAUACCGCACGUUAAGCAAAGGCUAUAGUCAAAAAUUAUUGAAGCAAUUAAAUGAAUUCCGUAAAAAUGGACAGUUCACUGACGUUGUGUUGAUAUGUGAAAAUGCACGCAUUCUGGCGCAUCGAAAUAUAUUAGCUGCUGCCAGCCCAUAUUUUAUGGCCAUGUUUAGUGGUAACUUUCCCGAAAGUCAUCAACCGGAAAUUAAGUUCGAAGAAAUGGAUGCUCAGUGCUUGCGAAUGGCGAUUGACUUUAUUUAUACCAGUCAACUGGAUUUAACAGACGAUUGCGUGCAACAAGUUUUGCAAACUGCCACUUUUUUGCAGUUGGAACAUCUAGCAGAUUUGUGCGCAGAAUAUAUGACCAAUCUGCUGGACGCCGAAAAUUGUUUAGGUUUUAAGCAAUUUGCUGAGAAACAAAACAACUAUUUAUUGCUAGAGUGUGCCAAGGAGUAUAUUAUCGGUCAUUUCUUAGAGGUGUUGCAAUGUGAAGAAUUUUUUGAGAUGACCUACGAAGAGUUAGCGGCAAUUUUAAGUUUAGAUCAAUUGUUCAUGCAUUCUGACGAUAAAGUUCUUAAAGGUUUGGUUCGUUGGGCUGAUUAUCGUCCGGAGGAACGUUUUCAUUGCCUUGGUCAAUUGCUGAAUUUUAUACACCCAGCUUGUGUAAGUGCUACUGUUGCCCGAUCCCUGACAGGCCUACGCCAAGAACCUUCCUGUUCGCAAUGGUUGAGCGAAGUAGAGUGUUGUGAAGACAGUCGAGUGCCACGUAUUUUCGUAAUAGAUAAGAUGGGUCGCCGUUGCGAUGCCUUUCGUUUUGACGCCGAAUUUGCUAAAUGCACUCCGAUCAAAACUCCACCACGUGUAGGUUUCGCUUUAAGUUUGUCUGCUCACAAAAACAUACUCUAUAUACAGGGUGGCAGCGUUGGAAAUCACAGUAGUAUACGGGAUUCUUAUUACUACAACAUUUAUCGCGACCAAUGGUAUGAUUUAACACCUCUUCUCGUCGAUCGUUCGCAUCAUCGUUCAUUGAUAGCGCAUGACUGUCUAUACGCUUUGGGUGGUCAUACAGCUCAAGUCUGCACGGAUACUGUCGAGUGUUUGAAUUUGAUAACUAACAAAGCCACGCACAGUAGUUGCAUGCGUGAAAAAAGGAGCUCAAUGGGUGCUGUAACCCUUGACAGUGUACUCUAUGUGAUGGGCGGAGAAAACGAUGUUCGCAGCCUCCGUACUGCAGAACGUUAUGACUCACGCGAAGGACGUUGGAAAGAUUUGCCGCCAAUGCGCGAAGUGAAUAGUUUUUGUUGUAGUGCCGCCAUUGGAUAUAACAUUUAUUGUUGCGAAGGUUUAGGAACUUGCAUGGAACGUUUCGACAUACGCACCCAACGUUGGGAAAUUAUUAAUUUUUGGGAGGAGCGUGAAUUUCAUGAAAUCUUUACCGUAGGCAGUAAACUGUACGGAACCUCCAGUGAGGCCGUCUUACGCUAUGAUUGGGAUGCAAGUCGUUGGUUGAACGCCUACGAGUUCGGUUACUUACGUGAUUGGGACACUGCUGUAGCUGUGGAUAUGUCAGACUGCAAUCGAUGAGGAGUAGAUUAAUACGAAAAUUUGACAGCUACAUGUUGAAUCGAAAACUUCUUGAUGUACAAUGACCAUAGUCUCGAGAGAAAAGAUAAUAAAAAAAAAUAUAUUAAUUUUUAUUUUUCUGUGUGUAUAUUAAAUAAAGAGAAAAAUAAAAAAAAAAAUAUUUAAUAAUCUAUCUUAGCUAUGUAGUGGAUAAUACGAACUACAAAUGAAGAGAGGGAAAAUGCAAAUUCAAUUAAUGGCGCUUUCGUUGGCGAAGUAGUCUAAGU